GCGCCGGUUGUAAGGAAGACAGCUGCUGCAGUAAACAUGGGGAGUAGGAGAGCCCUGCACUAUGUCCUCAAAGUGGGAGACCGACCCCAGACCGUCAGGUUUUACAGAGACCUGCUGGGCAUGAAAGUCCUUAGGCAUGAGGAGUUUGAAGAAGGUUGUAAAGCCACUUGCAAUGGCCCUUAUGAUGGAAAGUGGAGUAAAACAAUGAUUGGUUAUGGAGCUGAGGAUAGCCAUUUUGUUGUUGAACUGACCUACAACUAUGGGGUUGGAGAGUAUCGUCUAGGUGAUGACUUUUUGGGGAUCACACUUCACUCCAAUCAGGCUAUAGCUAAUGCAAGACAAUUGAAAUGGCCAUUAUCUGAAGUAUCUGCUGGUGUAUUUGAGACUGUAGCUCCAGGAGGAUAUAAGUUCUAUUUGGAAGACAAAGACCAAGCCAAACCAGAUCCUGUGCAAAAAGUGACCCUUGCUGUAUCAAACCUUCAGAAAUCUAUAGCCUAUUGGUCUGGCUUGUUGGGGAUGACUGUUUUUAACAAGGAUGAGUCAAAAAAGAAUGUUCUCUUGGGGUAUGCAGAUAACCAGUGCAAGCUGGAGCUUCAGGAUAUUGGUAGAACUGUGGACCAUGGAACAGCUUUUGGGAGAAUCGCAUUUGCUUGCCCUAAGGAUGAGCUCCCAGGCAUUGAGGCUCAGAUGAAAAAAGAGAACCAGAAGAUAUUAACUCCGCUCGUGAGCCUGGACACACCUGGAAAAGCUACAGUCCAAGUUGUGAUUCUGGCUGAUCCUGAUGGACAUGAAAUUUGUUUUGUUGGGGAUGAAGCAUUUCGAGAGCUCUCCCAGACUGAUCCCAACGCAGACAAACUUCUAAACGAUGCAAUGGCAUCUGACAAGAGUGAAGAGUGGUUUGCAAAGCGCAAAAUGCAGAAGCCUUCAGCCUAGGUGUAAAUGACACCGCUGUGUACAAUAUUUGGAAGCCUUCCUGGCCAGUGCUUUAAAGAAAUAAAAUGUUAUCGGCAUGCUUUAUAAUCUGUAUAAAAAUGUAACUGAUA